CUUUGGCACAAUGAAUAAUCAUGAAUGAGGAGUGUAUUGGGUUUAACUUUACGCAAUACCCAUUAUACCCGUCACCGCCACCUUCUUCACCACCACCACCACCACCACCACCACCACCCACACCCACCCACUCAUAUUCCAUUAAUCUUUAAAUUUGUUAUCUACCUCAACAUCCCAACAAAAACCUUUUAAAAAUUUCUCUUAUUUUAUCCUUUUUAACCAACUUCUAAACAAACAAAAUGGGAAAUAUUAGCAGUGCCACCGGUGUUCAUGGCCGUCGUAGAAGCAACUCUCGCCGGAGCCACCCACCUCCACCCCCACCGCAACCAGCACCACCACAGCCAGAAAUUGCAGCCAACCGCUAUGUAUUCGCUGCUGCCACUCCCUACCCAACUCAAUACCCGAAUCCAAACCAACCACAGUAUUAUCAAUACCCGGCUUACUAUCACCCUCAUCCACCGCCUCCUAUGCCUAUGCCGUUGCCGGCUCCUUAUGAUCAUCACCACCGGGUGGACCCGGCCCAUUGGGUUGGUGGGAGGUACCCAUGUGGACCCAUGGUUGCACCGCCUGCGCCUUACAUGGAGCAUCAGAAAGCUGUAACUAUUAGAAAUGAUGUUAAUUUGAAAAAAGAAAGUUUGAGAAUUGAAGCUGAUGAGGAUAACCCUGGAAAAUUUCUUGUUGCUUUUACUUUUGAUGCUACUGUUUCUGGAAGCAUCACCAUCAUUUUCUUUGCAAAAGAAGGCGAGGAUUGUAUCCUGAGACCAACGAAGGAAAACCUUCUUCCACCAGUCACGGUAAAUUUUGAACAAGGUUUAGGCCAGAAAUUCAGACAGCCUCCCGGAACAGGGAUUGACUUCACGGUGUUUGACGAAAAAGAGUUGCUGAAAGAGGCCGAGUUAGAUGUUUAUCCUUUAGCAAUAAAAGCAGAAGCUUCCCCUGUUAAUCAAGAUGGACAAGAAGGAAACCAAUCAUCUGGACCCACGAACUCUCAGAUAACACAAGCAUUAUUUGAGAAGGAUAAGGGCGAGUACCAAUUGAGGGUAGCAAAGCAGAUUCUUUGGGUGAAUGGAAUGAGAUACGAGCUGCAAGAGAUAUAUGGGAUUGGGAACUCGGUCGAAGGCGAGGUUGAGGCGAAUGACCCGGGCAAGGAAUGCGUCAUUUGCUUGUCGGAACCACGUGAUACGACUGUUCUUCCUUGCCGCCAUAUGUGUAUGUGCAGUGGUUGCGCAAAGGUGUUGAGGUACCAAACAAAUAGGUGCCCAAUCUGCAGACAACCAGUUGAGAGGCUUUUAGAGAUAAAGGUCAACAACGGUCCUGAUGAAUGAGAAGAAGAGGUGACUAUCCUUCUGUAUAGUAGUGUUGUAUCUUCUUUUUUCCUUUUCAAUUGUUUGUGUUUCAGUUGCUUAUAUUUGCAAUUUUUCUUGAUUUCAAAUAAUUUAACGAGGAAAUGUAAUCAAUCUGCAGUAUAACAGGGAUAAAUGAUUAUAGCAUUGUGUCAAUAAUAUUUGAGCCCAUGCUUAUAACACAUGUUGUCAUUAAUGGCAGAAUUGUGAGAAAAUCUUUAAAUUUCA